AUGACUCAAGAUCCUCGCGUUCUUCUUCAAAAGGCCGACAAAGCGCUCUCUGGUGCCUCUGGUGGCUUUAGCUGGUUUGGUGGACGGACUGAAAAGUAUGAGAGUGCCGCAGAUCUCUAUACCCAGGCUGCAAAUGCCUUCCGAGUACAGAAAAUGAGCAAGGAGGCAGGUCAGGCCUUUGAGAAGGCCGCCGCCAUCCAAACUCAGAACCUUAACGAACCUGAUGACGCCGCCAACACCCUCCAGGAAGCGUUCAAGGUCUACCGCAAGUCAGACCCCGAGGACGCUGCUCGUGUCCUUCAAAGUGCUAUUCAACACUAUGUCCUGCGAGGCAACCUGCGCCGCGCCGCGACUCAGCAACAAUAUCUGGCCGAGGUCUAUGAGGUGGAACUUGGAGAUAUGAAGAAGGCGCUUGAGGCAUAUGAGAAGGCCGCCGAGUGGUUCGAGGGUGACAAUGCUGAAGCCCUUGCAAACAAGCAUUUCCUCAAGGUUGCGGACUUGGCCGCCCUAGACGGCGACUACUACAAGGCUAUCACGAACUUCGAGCGUAUUGGCCGGACUUCUAUUAACAACAACUUGAUGCGCUGGAGUGUAAAGGAUUAUUUGCUGAAGGCGGGUAUCUGCCAUCUGGCCACAAAGGAUUUGGUCGAGACCAACCGUGCUUUGGAAUCAUACCGGGAGCUUGACCCAGCCUUUGCAUCAAUGCGGGAGCACCAGCUGCUUGUUGACUUGACGGAGGCUGUGGAGGGAGGUGACCAGGAAGCCUUUGCCGAGAAAUUGUUCCAAUACGAUCAGCUCAGCAAACUUGACAAGUGGAAGACUACUCUGCUCUUGCGGGUCAAGAAUAACAUCGAGGAGGCUGAGGAGGACUUUUCGUAA